UCAGUAAACACAGUGAGAACGUGUCCACUACCCAAGAAACCCCAUUUGAUUAUUACUCUGUGAUGCAUUUUGAUAAAAAUGCCUUCAGCAACGGUAACGGAUCCACGAUCAUCACCAAGAGUCCUGAGUUUCAAGACGUGAUCGGACAACUAAUGGAAAUGAGCGAACAUGAUGCGACUGAGCUCAACAAACUCUACAAAUGCAAUUCCUCCGUCUCUUUCCUCGACCACUGUAGUUUUGAUGAGGAAUCUCUGUGUGAGAUGAGCGUCUGUUCUGCUGCUGGUUACGGCUGGCAGAGAGAGAAGUCAGUGAGUGGCAUCAAUGUGACCGACCACACAUACUUGGGCAAAGAACAGAACGGGACGUCUUUCUUCAUGCACUUCAGCACUGAGGGCAGAAACGAGGGCGACGCAGCCAGACUGGAGAGCAAGACAGUGACCCCUACGAGAGACUGCAAAGUCCAGUGUCUGCAGUUCUACUACUAUCACAGCGGAAACGAGUCCGACCAGCUCAACAUCUGGAUCCGAGAGCUGCAGAAUGAAGCAGACAGCACAGGAGCUCUCAGACUCAUGGAUCAGAUCACAGAAACCCCUGGGAAUUACUGGAAGCUGCAUCAUGUGCAGCUGAACGCAAAUAAGUCUUUCCAAGUUGUGUUUGAAGCGCGUAAAGGAGCUGGAACCUCCAGUGGAGGCUUCUCACUGGACGAUAUCAAUAUUUCAGAGACAGAGUGUCCCUUCAUAUGGCAGAUAAGAGACUUUGAGAAGAAACUGGACAGCGGGUUUGAUUUCGGUCUGAGUCCAAUGUAUUGCUCCAGUGAUGGGUAUCGCUUUGCAGCUGAGUUAGAGGUGUCAUCAGUGAAUGAAUUCGAAAUACAUGCUGCUUUCGUAACUGGUGCAUAUGAUGAGCAGCUGCAGUGGCCUUGUCCAUGGAGGCAAAUCACCGUCCAGAUCCUGGACCAGAAUCCACACAUACAGAAGCGCAUGUCCUUUGAGCAGAGCAUCACCACUGACCCUAACUUGACUCGUUAUGGCACCUAUUUCUGGGACAGCCCUCGAAAAGGUCCAGUCUUCAUCAGUGAUGAGUUAGUAUUUUAUAAUGGACCUGCCUUUUUUAAGCUCCUAACAAGAGAAGAUCUCGCUAGAAGAGAGUUUAUCAAGGGUGGAGACCUCAUAUUGCUCUUCACCAUGCAAGACAUCUCAGCGCUUCUUCAGAAUGACUCUCUACCCUGCCCUAAAGUAACCGUGAAGAACUUCAACGUUUCUGCUGACGCAAGCGCCCAGCAGGGACCAUGUGCUACAAGAGUUCUUCCCACACCUCAGCCGAUCUCAACAACUACAUCAACUCCCACUGAACCUACAGCAGAGCCCACUGAGGGUGAGUGUCUGGACAUAUUUUGCAGUUCCAGUGCCUCGACUGCUUCCUCUCUGAUCAUCUUGGUGCUUUGCUUUCUUUUGCUAGUCAGUUAAUCGUGACAAAUCGCUAUUAUCACUGCUCUAUGUCUGACUGUUCAGU